UUCCUAUGGGCAACCACCAAUCUUACAAUCCAGCCUAGCCCAAAAUAAUAUAUAGAAAUUGUAAUUCAACAACCAACAUGAGGAUAAAAACGUAAUCCUACUUGCAAUCUUUUAACCAAGCUAGGGUUUUUAUCCAUCUUCCGUCUCCCCCAAACCCUAAUUUCAGCUUUCACUCUAUUCUCAGAUCCAACAAUGGUAGGCUUUGAAGUAGGUUUCGUUCCUUUCAACCCCGACGGUUGGGGUCCACCAGACGCCGCUUUCGCCAGCGCCGCCACAACCACCUCCACUCUCCCUUUAAACGUCCCUUUCGCUCCUUUUUCCCGCUCCGACAAACUCGGCCGAAUUGCCGAUUGGACCCGAAACAUCAACCCGAACGCUAAUCGCCCUAACUCCAAACAAAAUGCCUCCGAUUCCGUUUUUGACUUCACCGCUGACGAUUCAUUCCCUGCCGCCACCGCAGCAGGCGACGAUGACUCCACUUUCCGUCUCGUGGACGGAAAACCUCCUCCGCGUCCAAAAUUCGGUCCUAAGUGGCGGUUCAACCAGCACCGACAGCAACUCCCUCAGCGGCGCGACGAGGAAGUCGAAGCCCGUAAGCGAGAAGCCGAAAAGGAACGCGCUCGACGUGAUCGUUUGUAUAAUAUGAACCGGUCAAAUCAGAAUCAGCCACGUCGCGAAGCUGCAGUAUUUAAAUCAUCAGUUGAUAUUCAGCCAGAAUGGAACAUGCUUGAUCAGAUCCCUUUCUCGACGUUUUCGAAGCUUUCUUUUUCAGUUCCGGAGCCAGAGGAUUUACUUCUAUGCGGCGGUCUCGAAUUCUACGACAGGUCGUUUGAUAGAAUUACUCCUAAAAACGAGCGUCGUUUAGAAAGGUUUAAAAACCGUAAUUUCUUUAAAGUUACUACAACUGAUGAUCCUGUGAUUAGGAGACUUGCAAAUGAAGAUAAAGCUACUGUGUUUGCCACUGAUACUAUUUUAGCUACUUUGAUGUGUGCCCCACGGUCUGUCUAUUCUUGGGAUAUUGUGAUUCAGAGAGUCGGAAAUAAGCUCUUUUUUGAUAAGAGAGAUGGUUCUCAGCUUGACUUGCUUUCCGUUCACGAAACUUCUCAAGAACCCUUACCUGAAGCUAAGGAUGAUAUGAAUUCUGCUUAUUCUUUAAGUGUUGAAGCUGCUUAUAUUAAUCAGAAUUUCUCGCAGCAGGUUUUGAUUAGGGAUGGGAAUAAAGUUUCCUUUGAUGAGCCUAACCCGUUUGCAACUGAAGGUGAGGAAGUUGCUUCUGUGGCGUAUAGGUAUAGAAGGUGGAAGCUUGAUGAUGAUAUGCAUCUUGUCGCUAGGUGUGAGGUGCAGAGUGUUGUUGAGGUUAAUAAGCAGAGAUCCUUUUUGACCCUGAAUGCACUUAAUGAGUUUGAUCCUAAAUAUUCUGGUGUUGAUUGGAGACAGAAGUUGGAGACGCAACGUGGUGCUGUUUUAGCUACUGAAUUGAAGAACAAUGCUAAUAAAUUGGCUAAGUGGACUGCCCAAGCUUUGUUGGCCAGUGCUGAUUUGAUGAAGCUGGGUUAUGUUUCCAGGGUUCAUCCUAGGGACCAUUACAAUCAUGUGAUUUUAGCUGUUGUGGGGUAUAAGCCUAGGGAUUUUGCUGCUCAGAUUAAUUUGAAUACAUCUAACAUGUGGGGGAUUGUGAAAAGUAUUGUUGACUUGUGUAUGAAAUUGAAUGAGGGCAAAUAUGUGUUGGUAAAAGACCCCUCUAAGCCACAAGUAAGAAUUUAUGAGGUUCCUGCUGAUGCAUUCGAGAAUGAUUAUGUGGAGGAACCUUUACCUGAGGAGGAGCAAGUUCAGCCGCCUGGUGAGGACACUGAGAACGCUGAGGCAAAUGGAGGUACUGUUGAUGUUGAAGCUAAGGACAUUGAUGCUCAAGCUUAAAGAUCUUGGCCCGGUUUCACCACCAGAAACAAAGAAGAAAGAGGGAAGGGAAAUGAAGAAGCAGUUUUGCUCCAACAUUAUGCUUAUUUGCUUUCUUGUUCUUCUUUUGAAUGGUGGAGAAUUUCAAACGUGCGCGCCUAGUAGGCAGGAUGCAAGAAAAUAACUCUUGAGUGUUCUGUAGAAGGCAAGAUUUUCACUGCGGUGGCUGGCCAUGCAAAAGCCACAUCAACAGUAAACAGUUUCGUAGACGGUGGCGGCUCCAUCAGAAUGUUAUAAUAAACAAAUACCAUUAUCAUUCAGACGAUGAGCUGGUGUUACAGGCAAAAGUAGUUGGUUGAUAAAUGUGACUAUUCUACCAUGGUAUGUAAAAGAAGAGACAAAUUUUCUCUGAUUUCUUUCCUUCUCUAACUUUUCCUUUAAUACACCUGAUCGCUCUGUUGUUAGCUUGACAGUUGGAA